AUGAAUUUCUCAGUCGAUCGCAACGUCACACACAUCUCUCUCAAGGUCAGAGACACGUUUGUCACGGCUUUGACAAAGAACAUUAUUGUGGUGGCGCUGUGGAUCUCCAUCAACUACAUCAAUGGCACAUUUGUCCACACCUUCUUCAAACACGAGAUCUUCAAUGUCAACCCUCGCUACAUCCUCUUCAUCCACCUGGUGAUCAAUGACAUGAUCCAAUUGACCAUUGCUGUCUUCCUGCAUGUCAUAAGCUACAUCCUGUUCACAAUCAAUGUGUCUUUGUGCAGCUUUCUUUUGAUGAUCGCCAUUUUUACCACUUUGAAUACUCCUGUGAACCUGGCUACCAUGGCCUUAGAGCGCUAUAUAGCUAUAUGUAUACCGCUGCGCCAUUCUCAGAUAUGUACAGUGCACAGGACCUACAUUCUCAUUGGCAUCAUUUGGAUCAUGGCCGCCAUUCCAAUUUUACCUGACCUUUUCAUUCUCUUGGCCACAGAACGACUUCAGUUCUUCCACUCCAAAAUAUUCUGUAGUCGAGACUCACUUUUCCGCAACCCGUACCUGAUUGAGAAGAAAAACAUUUCCCACGCUGUGUAUCUGACUGUUGUUUGGUUCACUCUUUUCUAUACGUAUUUCAGGAUCAUGUUCACUGCCAAGGCGGCUAAUGCGGAUGCCAAGAAGGCUCGCAACACCAUCUUGCUUCAUGCUGUACAGUUGUUAAUGUGCAUGUUCACCUACAUAGGCCCUUUGAUUGACAGCCUGCUGCUAUAUAUAUUUUCCACACAUGCGCUGGAGAUCCAGUUUACUAGCUAUGUAAUUGUUCAUAUUUUGCCCAGGUUUAUUAGUCCAAUAGUUUAUGGGCUUAGAGAUCAGACCUUUCGUAAGUAUCUGAAGAGGUACUUGAUAUACCGGCUGACGCGGGUCACGCAUGCGCGCAGUCUAGGACCUGUCUACGCAUCGUGUUACUGCGAACGCGAGGCUCCCAGUUGCGAGGUUGAGAGAAACAGGGCAUCGGAGAACGACAAAUGGACGGAAUGCCGCGAUCCCUGCGGACAUGGCCACUACGGUUCGGACUACUUCGCUACUCUGGCUCCUCAUUCUCCUCGUUCUUCUUUGGCUGCCUGA